GUCAUCCAGCAGGGGGCGGGCCCGAAUCCUCCUCCUCUUCAACCUUGUCCCGGCUCCGGCCUUCCCAGCGACUUCGGCUUUGCCGGUUCCAGUAAGACGCUGCAGUUCCUCUCGGCCCAGUGACGGCCUUCUUCUCCUCCUCCUCGUCCCAGCACCGUACACCGACCGACCAUGUCUCUCAUCACCGCCGGACGCCUGUGCGCUCGUAUCCUCGGGGCUAAGAACUCCCCUUGUGUUUUGAUUGCUGCUCGACAAGCCAGCUCUUCCACGAACCUAAAAGAUGUCCUGUCCGAUCUCAUUCCAAAAGAACAGACCAGAGUCAAGAACUUCAGACAACAAUAUGGGAAUACCGUCAUUGGCCAAAUCACAGUGGACAUGGUGUAUGGUGGCAUGAGGGGCAUGAAAGGAUUGGUCUAUGAAACAUCUGUUCUUGAUCCUGAUGAGGGUAUUCGCUUUCGUGGCUACAGCAUCCCUGAAUGUCAGAAGCUGCUACCCAAGGCUCCAGGAGGAGAAGAGCCACUGCCCGAGGGACUCUUCUGGCUCUUGGUUACAGGAGAGGUUCCCAGUCAGGAGCAGGUGAACUGGAUCUCCAAAGAAUGGGCAAAAAGAGCUGCCCUGCCUUCACAUGUAGUAACCAUGUUGGACAACUUCCCCACCAAUUUGCACCCCAUGUCUCAAUUUAGUGCUGCAAUUACAGCACUAAACAGCGAAAGCAAUUUUGCUCGGGCUUAUGCAGAAGGCGUCCACAGAACCAAGUACUGGGAGCUCAUAUAUGAAGACUCCAUGGAUCUGAUUGCUAAACUUCCUUGUAUUGCUGCUAAGAUCUACCGUAACCUUUACAGAGAAGGAAGCAGCAUUGGUGCCAUCGACUCUAAUCUGGACUGGUCACACAAUUUCACCAACAUGUUGGGCUACACAGACGCACAAUUCACAGAGCUUAUGAGGCUGUAUCUCACGAUCCACAGUGACCAUGAAGGAGGAAAUGUCAGUGCCCACACCAGCCAUUUGGUGGGCAGUGCUCUGUCUGAUCCUUACCUCUCCUUUUCUGCUGCCAUGAAUGGGCUAGCGGGUCCUCUGCAUGGACUGGCCAAUCAGGAGGUGCUGGUUUGGCUAACAGCCCUACAGAAGGACUUGGGUGGUGAGGUAUCCGAUGGGCAGCUGAAAGACUACAUCUGGAACACCCUAAAUUCUGGAAGAGUUGUACCUGGAUAUGGUCAUGCCGUGCUCCGAAAGACAGAUCCCCGUUAUAUGUGUCAGAGAGAAUUUGCUUUGAAACAUCUUCCUAACGAUCCAAUGUUCAAAUUAGUGGCUCAACUGUACAAGAUUGUACCCGAUGUGUUACUGGAGCAGGGCAAAGCUAAGAACCCCUGGCCCAAUGUGGACGCUCAUAGUGGAGUCCUUCUACAGUAUUACGGAAUGAAGGAGAUGAAUUACUACACAGUCCUCUUCGGAGUAUCAAGAGCUCUGGGUGUUCUAUCUCAGCUCAUCUGGAGCCGAGCGCUUGGAUUUCCACUGGAGCGGCCCAAAUCCAUGAGCACAGACGGCCUCAUGCAGCUUGUUAAAGCAAAGUCUGGUUAAAAGAAGAAUGGGGGGAAAAAGAGGGCUUUCCCCAUCCUGGAGAAGAGCCAAUCAAAAGACAGUACACCUUUUUUGUUUCUACAGACUGCUUUGCACCCUAUUGUCUCCUGAGCGCCGACAAGAAAUCACUUCUGGUUAUUUAUGCUGAAACAUUUCUUCUUCUCAACACUCUGUAUUUCCCUUCCCUGCUGGAGAGGCCUAACCUCAUUCUCCAUCAGGAAAGGGCGCUUGUGCUGCCGGUAGGGAUCAGACUAAUGAUUUCAGCCACAUUAGUUAACAGCAUCCACCCUUUUACUUUUUUUAUAAACCAGGUACAGUUAUGUACAGGACGACAUGCCACAGUAUGCAAGUUUUAUUUUUGUUUCAGAGUUCCUUCUAAACUGUGAAAAAGCAGACACCAAUGCAAUUGGAAUAGCAUAGGGUCAUUUCAUUUAGAGUCCCUGUGACAACCUAACUUCAGCAUCUUAUCACUAAAUGACAUGUCACCACUUCCAUGUCACCACUUCCAAUCACAGAUAAUACCUAAUACUGGUCUAUACUAAUGCGUAGUCCAUUGUAAAGCAACCCAUUCAAGAGUUAUCGUGUAUAUGGGAGAGGAAUCCUGCAUUUGGCACUGGCCUCUUACUCCUGCUGGCUGCUUUUCUGGGAAUUUUUAUUUUGUUUUAUCGUUUUUAUUAUACAGAGGAAUGUUCCUACCUGACUUCACUAAAUGACCAGGAACUGUCCAGUAGCAACACUUGCUGAAAGUAUGCGCAGCUUUUAUUCCUGGUUUGUGUCCCUUGUAAAGCUUUUAUUUCAGCUGUUUUUUUAUGUAUAGAUUCUUGCCUUUGCCUCGAGUACCGGUCAUGUCAUGAAUGUGUGAACAGCAUUUCUGUUUAUUUUGUAUGUUGAGGUAAAGCCACUGUGACUGAAAUGACAUUUUCAGAUAUGCUGUUUUCUAAGCUCUUUUUUUUUUUUUUCUCCUGCGCUUGCUUCCUCUGCACAGUGGUGUGCUAACCCCAGUUUUUUGGGGGCUGCAUAGAGCUACAAUGUAAAAUUGUACACUAUUCUGAAAUACUUGAUUUAGAUGUGUAUCCACAGGAGUCCUGUUUGGUUUUGCAGAAGUUGGGUGUAGUUGUCUUUUAGGAAUCAGGUUGCCAUUUCACUUGGCAUUAAUUUAGAAUGCAACUCAUUCCUUCCGGGUAACUGACAUCACAAGGAGCUGUCCCACACAUGUAAUGGUAGUCUGUUAAAGCCACCUUCCUCGGCAGCACUGGUUUCAUCCAUAAGCAAAUCGUACAAAAGAAAGGGAAUUAAUAAGACCUAGCUAUAAAAAAAAAAAAUACACUCCUCCACCACCCUCUAACUGAUUUUCCUUUUUUUGUUUUCUUGUGUUUUUUUUUUUUUUUUUUUUACAGCCCUUGUCUGUGCAGGCAAAGACUGCAGAUUACAGACUGAUGUUCAGAUUCACAAUAGACUUAAGGUUGUUCUGUAUAAAUGCAAAAUAAAUGUUUUUAUUAACUACA